AUGUCUUUGUCCAACAAACUUUCCAUUCGCGAUCUCGACCUCAAGAACAAGCGUGUUCUCAUCCGUGUUGACUUCAACGUCCCCUUGAAAGACGGUGAGAUCACCAACAACAACCGUAUUGUUCAAGCUCUCCCCACUGUAAAGUAUGCUCUUGAUCAAGGCGCCGCUGCUGUCAUCCUCAUGUCUCACUUGGGUCGUCCCAAUGGCGAAGCUGUUGCCAAGUACUCUCUCAAGCCUGUUGCUGCUGAAGUUGAGAAGCUUUUGGGUAAGCCUGUUGAAUUCCUCAACGACUGUGUUGGUCCUGAGGUUGAGAAGACCUGCCAAGCCGCUACUGGUGGUAAGGUCAUCCUUUUGGAGAACCUCCGUUUCCACAUUGAGGAAGAGGGUUCCGCUAAGAUUGAUGGUCAAAAGGUCAAGGCUGAUGCCGAGAAGGUCGAGGCUUUCCGUAAGUCUUUGACUUCUCUUGCUGAUGUCUACGUCAAUGAUGCCUUCGGUACCGCUCAUCGUGCUCACUCUUCCAUGGUCGGUGUUGAGCUCCCUCAACGUGCCGCUGGUUUCCUCAUGCAAAAGGAACUCGAAUACUUUGCUAAGGCUCUUGAGAACCCCUCUCGUCCUUUCCUCGCCAUCCUCGGUGGUGCCAAGGUCUCUGAUAAGAUCCAAUUGAUCGAAAACAUGCUCGACAAGGUCAACGCUUUGAUCGUCUGUGGUGGUAUGGCUUUCACCUUCAAGAAGACUCUCGAUAACGUCAAGAUUGGUACUUCCCUCUAUGAUGAAGCCGGUUCCAAGUUGGUUGCCAACCUCAUGAAGAAGGCUCAAGAAAAGAACGUCAAGAUCAUCUUCCCUGUUGAUUUCGUUACUGCUGAUAAGUUUGCUCCUGAUGCCAAGACUGAUUAUGCCACUGAUGCCACUGGUAUUCCUGAUGAAUGGAUGGGUCUUGAUUGUGGUAAGGAAUCCUCCAAGCUCUUCCGUGACGAAAUCUUGAAGUCCAAGACCAUUGUCUGGAACGGUCCCUCUGGUGUCUUUGAAUUCGAUGCCUUCGCUAACGGUACCAAGGCUGUCCUCGAUGCUGUUGUCGAAGCUACCAAGGAAGGUGCUACCACUAUCAUUGGUGGUGGUGAUACCGCUACUGCUGCUCUCAAGUGGGGUGCUGGUGAUAAGGUUUCUCACAUCUCUACCGGUGGUGGUGCCUCUCUCGAACUCCUCGAGGGUAAGGAGCUUCCUGGUGUCACUGCUCUCUCCAGCAAGAACUAA